AUGACACGUCCUACUCUAAUAAAGGCCCCUCUUCCGCUUGAUUUCAUCAUUGUGGGUGGUGGCCUUGCUGGACUCGCCACCGCUCAUGCGCUCUCCUCUUCUGGUCAUCGUGUACGCGUCUUUGACAAGUCUCAGGGUACUCGAAAAUGGGCGGCUGGGAUCCGGCUUCCACCAAACGGAAUGUUGGUGCUACUGAGAUGGGGUGUAGCGGAGAAAGUGGUCGCGAAAAGUGUGAAGUGCAUGAUAACGGAUUUCGUGGAUAUGGAGAGUGGAGAGUGUCUUGGGACUUUAGGGUGGCGAGAGGAGGUUAUGAAAGAGCUUGGAGCACAGUUUUACAUGAUCUCGCAUUCCGACAUACACGAUAUUCUCCGCGAACUCGCACUUUCCUCCGGUGCUGAGCUGCACUUCGACACCCCCGUCUCCCUCGUCAGCCCCGGGCCCAGCUCGUCUCAGGGAAAACCAUACAUUACGCUCAGCGAUGGCCAGGUCAUUCACGCAGACAUCAUCAUAGGUGCAGACGGCGCCGACAGCAUCGUUAGACCUAUCGUCGACCCGAUCUCCGACUCCGAAGUACGAUCCCCCAUGACGGUUUACGACGGAUCAGUACUCGUCACGACGAUGAAGGCAGAUCAUGACCUAAACUCGAUUAUUCAAGACCUCAAGAUGCCGCACUGGUUGGGAACAGAUUCUUGUGUUCUAACAUAUCCGGUGCGAUCUGGUGAAGAAUAUAACGCCACUUUCUGGAUUUCAGAGCCCAUACCGGAAGGCGCCCCACAAGGUUGGGAUACGCGUGUAUCAUCUCAAGAAGUCAAAUACCCGACCGUCGAACCUCGAAUCGCGGCUCUUCUCGCCCAUAUACCAACUCUCACUCGGGUCCCUCGUUUCCGAAAGGAGCAGGCGUCGUCUUUUCUAGAUGAGUCGAAGCGGAUUGUAUUGGUCGGCGAGGCAGCUCAUCCUUUGCAGCCCUGCGGUAUGCCAGUCCUAAGCGCCGUCCUCGAAGACGCCGCCGUCCUAGGCGUUCUCUUCUCCCGCCUUCGGAGCGACGACCAGAUCACGCCACUUCUAUACGGCUAUGAAGACCUCCGCAAACCGCGGCGAAAUACCCUGGUCGAAGUUGAAGACGCGAACCACCAUAUCAUUAUGAUGCCGCCUGGGCCAGAGCGCGAGGUGCGGAACGCCGAGUGGAGGAGAUGGAGGGAGGCGGAGGAGGCUAGGGGCGACGCGGAGGUCGAAGAGGGAGAGCUGAAGAGACAGUUUGAUGAGAUUUGUGUGAUCUGGGGAUACGAUGCGAUUGAUGCGGCGGAGGAUUGGUGGGUGAAGUGGGGGAUGUUGAGGGAAAGCGCCCUGGGACUAGGUGGCGGAGUCUUGGAUGGAACGGUGCGGAUGGAGGUCGUAGGCGUUGUAUAAGUGCUAUGAUUGACGAAUGACAAAUAUGGUCGCAGUAGAUAAUCACUAUACCCUGAACUUUAAC